AAUUACCAAAGGUACAAUGCCCAAAUAUGCUCUCACUUCUCUCUACUUUCUCUCUCUAAACUUCCGUUGUCGGUCACUAACUUAAUCUUCGGAGGCGGAUCUCCAAUAAGCCAGAGAUUCCUUGUUUUGCAAGUGUUCAGGCCGUACGGAUGUUGCAUGAUUCGUUGUUUUGCAAGUGUUCAGGCUGUACGGAUGUUGCAUUCCGGAUCUGUCUCCCGAGGGAAUUCAUACCCCCUUUCAGGUUAUCCCAAAAAUCCAUGUAACACCCUAUAUCUUUUUUGUUUUGGCUCCAUUGUAUUUUUGAGGGGUCGAAGCAAGUUUAAAAAUGUUUACCACAAUUCCUCAAUAAUCUAUAUAUAUAAUGUCGAGUGAGAUUUUAUUAAUCGUGUUACCAUGUGUACCAAAAAAAAUAAAAAUAAAAAAACAAAAAAAAUAAAAAAUAAAAAAAUAACCGUUCUCUGUUCUCGCCAACAUUAUUAAACUUGGUUUUCAACCUAAUAUUGUCACCUUUACUACUCUCAUCAAUGGCUUCAUUCACUCUAAUCAAUUUUCGAAAGCCGUUCCAUUGUUGGAUAAAAUUCUCAAGCUUGGCCUCCAACCCACAUUAGUCACCUAUGGUUCUAUCUUCAAAGGUCUCUGUAGGUCCGGUGAUAAUGCCGGUGCUCUCAAACUCCUUAGAAAUAUGGAGUCUUAUGGCCAUUUUAUGCCUAAUGUUGUCAUUUACAACACCCUCAUUGAUAGUCUCUGUAAAGACAAUUUAUUACCUCAGGCUCUCCGCCUUUUCAAGGAGUUGAAAGUCAAGGGAAUAUCCCCUAAUGUUGUCACCUAUAAUACCUUAAUUCGAGGUAUGUUAACUUUGGGACAACCGAAAGAGGCUCAAGAAAUGCUGACUGAGAUGUUGAGGAACAACAUAACUCCUACCACUGAGACCUACAACAUGUUGAUUGAUAUGUAUUGUAAAGAUGGCAAGGUUGGUGAAGCACGAGACAUUUUUGUCACCUUUACUACUCUCAUUAAUGGCUUUAUUCACUCUAAUCAAUUCCACAAAGCUGUUCAUUUGUUGGAUAAAAUUCUCAAGCUUGGCCUCCAACCCACAUUAGUCACCUAUGGUUCUAUCUUCAAAGGUCUCUGUAGGUCCGUUGAUAAUGCCGAUGCCCUCAAACUCCUUCGAAAUAUGGAGUCUUACGGCCAUUGCAAGGUUGGUGAAGCACUAGACAUAUUUGAAUACAUGGCUCAGAUAGGUUUGGUUCCCAAUAUCAUCACUUACAACACUUUGUUAGAUGGAUAUUGUUUACGCAGUGAGAUGGAUGAGGCAGAAAAGCUUAUGGAUUUGAUAGUUGAAAAUGGUUGCAAACCUAAUGUAGCUACUUACAACAACUUAAUCAAUGGCUAUUGCAAGUCUAAAAAGAUUGACAGAGCUCUUGAAUGGAAAAUAGAUGAGGCAAUCGCAACAAUGAAGCAAAUGGAGAUUACUGGAGUGGUCCCUAAUUAUGUUACAUAUUGUAUCCUAAUGGAUGGUUUGUGUGAUGCUCAACGCCUUAGCGAAGCGGUGGACAUCUUCUCCUUACUCAUAGCUAAAGAGCUGCAAGAUGUUUAUGCUUACAACAUAAUGAUAAAAGGGUUUUGUAAAGAAGGGUUGCUAGCAAAAGCCGAUGAAUUAUUGAAGAAUAUGGAGGACAAUGGAUGCUUUCCAGAUGAAUGCCCUUCAAUACAAUUAUUAGAGGAUUUAUAG